AGAAGCGAGCUCUCAGAUACACAUAAGAGGACCCCCAUGGCGGAGUUGCUGUCGCGGGAUCCGGCGGCGCUUCGCCCGGCGGCGACCACGGCGUGGAUGCGCCCGACGACGGAGAGAGUGCAGCUGGAUCCGGCGGCUGGGGGGAGCGCUGUCCGUUGUGCGGCGGAGAGAGCUGUUGCUCGUGAGCGUCGGAGACAUGGCCGUCGCGUGCGUGAAAGGAGCACGAGGAAGUUUGGUGAUAAUUUUCCAGUAGGUUACACAAGAGAUCGUUGUGCUUCAUCAUAUGAUGCAGAUUUUGUGUUGUCAGGCAUGGAUAGCCUAUCACCCAGUGACAAAGAGAAUAUCUAUCCAUCUAGGAACAGGUUCUUGGAUGAUGCCUUGUUUCAGUUCUUCCGUAAAGAGGCUAUCAAAUCUCUGAAGAGGGACUUUACGGAUUUCUGUAAUGGUUCUGAACUUUGGUCACAGAGUAAAAGGGCAAAAGGCCAUGAAAUUGGCAGAGAUUCAUUUAUUUCUUAUUCUAUCAAGUACUACUGGGAGGUUUUGAAAUGUUUGACCGAUCAUCGCAAGGAAGUUAUCAGGAAGUUUGGAUUUGGUUGUCUUCUGUUGUUUGAGAAAUCUGAAAUCCCGUCUCCGUUUGUGCGGUGGCUUGCCAGCUGUGUUGAUCCUGUUUCAUCUCAGAUUAUUGUUGAUGAUUCCAAGAUCAUACCAAUAUCAAAGUCUUCUGUUCACUUUGUUACUGGACUCCCUAAUAGUGGAUUUGUUCCUUUGCCAAACUGUGAAGGAGGCGUUAAGUUUCUCUUGUCUCUCUUUCAUUUGUCAGAGUUACCACACAUCACAUUUUUUGGUAACAAGCUGAAGUCCAAAGAAGUUCUCAGUGACAAAGAGAUUUUUGUGUGUUUCAUGGUUGUAGCAUUCAAAUGCUUGCUGUUCCCUACAUGUGAUGAGUUCCCGAACACAGAUUUCCUGCUUAUUCUUGAUGAACCAGAUGCUACUAAAGGUUUUGACAUUUGUGAACUCGUUUAUGAUCAUCUUAUUGCUGGAAUUUACAAAUUCUUGAAGAUUUGCAAAAUGAGUGGAAGGAAACCUAGGGAGUUUGAGUUCUGCUACUAUUUCCUUGCAGUGUAUUAUCUUGAUUCACUUGAUUUCGGUGCUAGAAAGCUUGAUGAUUGUGUUCCUAGGAUAUCUGUUUGGAAAGGGAACCUUAUAAAAUUCUUCUCUACAUUGGACUUCAAAAAGAAUAACAUUUUUGGGAAGAGGCAAUUCAAGAAGUUCCUUGCGCCUUGCUACAGAGAGUUUGGAUUGACGGGAGUUUUGGAGACUGUUGUUGAUGGAUCAAAGGUUUCCUCUGAACCUUCAUGUUUCUCUGUUAUUUUCAAGCAAAAUCUGCACAAAAAAUUUGGUCAUGACCUUGAUGCAAAGAUUAUAGACAGAGUUAUUGAUUCAGUUUGGUCUUUGGAGAUUGCAAACCAUGAUGUUGCUCAUAAGUCUGAACUCCUUGUAACAACUGUGCUGCAAUUGUUGCUUGAGAUGAAAUUUUCUGAAGUGAAAAUUCCUACAUCAUCAAAUACUAAUGUUCCAGCUUUUGAGGGUGGCAAAUGCAAUGUCCCAGGCACCUGUAAUGAAAAUAAUAUGGUAACUGAUGAUCUUCCUAACGCUUCCAGCAGUAGCAAGCCUAUCCCUUUGAAAUAUGCUAGCCCAGAAUGUUUGGUUACUGAGAUAGAUGUACCUUAUUCUACUAAAACAGCUCCUGAGAUGAAUCCAUUAAGGAAAGUGAAGGCGCGAUUACAUCCGGAAAUAACUGUUGGCCAUCAUCUGCGUUCAGUUAAUACCUAUCCAUCUGGAGGAAAAGAAUCCAGGCAAUUCAUUGUUCCUGAUGAUAGCAAGGUUAUUGGUAAUCAGCUUAAAUCUAUCGGAGGUUAUGUUGUGGGUAGCAAGGGAUCCUCUCCAAUUUCACUGUUUAAAUUGCCGCAAACUCCGAACAAUAAGCAGCCUGAUGUGCCUAAGAACCUUUCUGGUUCUAGGCAUGAUCCAAUUCCUGUAUGUGAUAUUUCUCCUAAGGCAAAUAACAUUGAUGAUUUGUACAACAAGUUGUGUUUUGCCGGUAAUAAUGGCGUUGAUGUUACUGCUAGUAAAAUGGAUUCUGGUGUCAAAGCCGAGGAUUUGAUUGAUUUGACGGAAAAUGUUUUUGAUCAGAGGAAUGCAAAUGAUGGUCUCAUCAUUUUGCAGCCUAAGAAUACUUUGUCUCUUCCUCUUGUUCAGAACAAGCGAUUUCCUGUGUCGCAUUCAGACAUCACUAAUUUCUGCGCUAUUGUCGAUCUGGCAUACACAAGGGUAGUACAAAAGUCAUACUCUGUUAUUUAUGAUAAGGUGCACUGCAGCUACAUAUCGUUAGGUCAAUCACUAAUGGUUGAAGGCCAUAUUGAUAAUUUCCUGGUUCCAGUAUUCUGUCGCAAACUGUUUGAGGAUAACCACCCUAGUAAAUCCGGGAGACAUCACUUCUUCUCGUUCAUUGGAGAGAAUAUCCUGGAUUAUAACAAUGAUGUUCAACUGAAUCUUAUUUCUAAGGCAUUUCUAGGAGCUGCAUCAGCCAGCAGAGGGAGACGUCUUGAUCUAUCUGACCGGCUAUUUUUUCCGAUUUGUCGCAGUCGACAUUGGUUCACGUUUUCUGUUGAUUUCAAGUAUAAGGUUUUCAUCUUCUUGGACUCUCUGUUUGGUAAAGAUGAUGAUUAUCACACAUCAAUUAAAAACGUUCUUAUUAACAACUUUGUGAAGUUGUGGAAAAUCAUUUUUAAAACUGAUGAUAACAUAUUCAGAAACUUUGGAAUCAUGUAUCCAAAUUUUCCUAAACAGGUCAAUGCCGAUGAUUGUGGUGUUUUCACCCUGAAGUUUAUGGAAAUCUACAAGCCACCACUUGAUAUGCGCAAGUAUUUCAGCACACAUGACAUAGUGCAUAUCAGAAUUCAGAUUGCAAACCAAUUGUUUCUUUGCGCGAGGAAUAAAGCUGACAAAAGCUUAGUUCUUGAGUACAAUGCCUAAAGAAGGACAUGAUUUGCUGAAGAAGAAAUUCCUACA